UCGUCGAGGUAUGAACAACCAAUAAGAAGUUGGUCCCAUUUCGUUGCGUUCUCCAGUAGGUCCUCGAGCACCAUGGAAUAGGACCAAUGGGGAUGGUCGUUAGUGGCGCGCUACUUUCUUUCGAAGUUUCUCGAGGAUUUCGAUCGAACUCGUUGACGGCUUUUACCCCUCAGAAUGUAAAUUGCUUUACUGUGCACCGGUUGGUUUGCACUGGACGCGCGAUUAUGAAGCGUCGUUCGUAAAACUCGUUAGAUACAUUCAAAUACUUCCGGGUAGAUUUCUUUUUUACAUUUAUAGUAAUAUAAGUUUAUUAUUAUAAUUAAGAAAAAUAUAAUAAUAAUCAUGGAGUCCUGCGGAAUGAGCUUGAUUAAAUAUAUCCUCUUCGUCUUCAAUUUAAUUUUCGCUAUCUCCGGUAUUGGAAUAAUUGUUGCUGGUGCUCUCGUUCUUGGAGAUGUCGGUGAAUUUAGUCAUUUCGUCGAAGGAAGGAUAAUGGCACCUCCCAUUGUCCUCAUAGUCGCUGGUGUCAUAGUUUUUAUUAUCGCUUUCCUUGGGUGCUAUGGUGCGAUCAAAGAACAUUAUAACAUGCUGAUAGCAUUCGCAGCUGCGCUCUUGAUCAUUUUCGUGAUCGAACUUGCAGUUGGUAUCGCAGCGGCAGUCUUUAAAAAUGAUUUCAGUAUGGCGAUGAAGGAUACGUUAAAGGAAUCGAUGAGGAAUUAUACCGACGAAGACAAGUUUGCUUGGGAUAAUGUGCAAAACAAGUUGAUGUGCUGCGGGGUAGACGGGCCUAACGAUUGGAGUUCGACCAAUGCUUACAUUGGGACUUUGCCACCUUCCUGUUGCAUGAAAAUGCAAAAUCCUUGCGCUAUUGGUAGUCCAGAUGUUAACAAGGAAGGUUGCUUCGAUAAAUUAAAAAUGCGUGUUCAAAACGGAGCUACUAUAUUGAUCGGUGUAGGAAUCGGUAUUGCCUUUGUAGAGGUCGCUGGUAUAAUACUUGCUUGUUGUCUAGCUAUGGCCAUAAAAAGAGAGACCGAUAAAUGAAACGCGGUCGUUUAACUUUUCUUACGAAUAUUUUAGUUAGAUUAUUUAUAUAUGAUUUACAUUUGAUUACAUGAGCUGGUCUUCGUAAUUAACGUAGUAAUCGAAACUGUUAGAGCAUUGCUUCCUCAUAUGAAAUAAUUUAUAAUAAAAAAUAUAUAUUUAAUCGAUUGAUCAUUAUUUUUUACGAA